AUGGCGAACAUCGUUGCUAGAUGCCACAAGCUUCUGGAGGGUGAAAUUCUCCGUCGCUCCUCACAGAUUGUUUCGGUCGUGGGUGAGCAAGCAUACAUUUUUGGUGGGGAGCUGCGACCGCGUGAGCCUCGAGACAAUGAUGUCCACGCUGUUUCAUUGGGCAGCAGUAAGUUGCGACGCGUUGUGAACAAGAGAAUCCCCAAAUUUGACGACGACACUGAAACCCGUUACCAUAAUCUAGGGAAUAUCACGAUUACUACCGUGCCUGCAACAUCCCAAUCUCCCUCCCCACGGGUUGGGACUGCAGCUUGUACACUGAACGGGAAGGUCUAUCUAUUCUCUGGCCGAGGUGGUGUCGCGAUGGCACCUAUUGAGGAGCAGGGCGCGGUCUGGGAAUUUGACCCUACCGCAGCAAGUUGGUCGCUCAUUUUGCCAUCGGAUGCGAAAACAAAGGCGUUCCCGGUCGCUCGCAGCUAUCACUGUAUGGCCAGUGACGGGGGAAAUACACUCUACCUCCAUGCGGGUUGCCCCGAAAAGGGAAGGUUAUCGGACCUAUGGGCUUUUAACCUCUCCCAGAGAGACUGGACAGAACUUGCCCCAGCAUUUGAUCCUCCACGUGGUGGUACUUCAAUCGCCUUUACAAAUGGCAAGCUGUAUCGAAUGAAUGGAUUCGAUGGGAAUACUGAACAAGGGGGAAGUGUGGACAUAUACUCCCCAGAAACAAACUCUUGGGCUUCGCAUGUUUAUUCACCCGAUGGCAAAGCAGGCCCGACACCGCGAAGCGUGAGUUGUUUGCUGCCGAUUCGUCUGGAAGACCGGUCAUUCUUAAUCACCUUAUUCGGUGAGCAUGACCCUAGUUCAUUGGGUCACCAAGGAGCGGGAAAGAUGUUGAGUGACAUAUGGGUAUUUGACAUUAGAAGCAAGAAAUGGGAGAAAGUUGUUGUUGCUCAAGGAGAUGAACUUCCUCUUGCACGGGGCUGGUUUGAUGCUGAUGUCGUCGGUACAAAUGCUGUUGUGGUUCACGGUGGGCUGGGGGAAUCGAAUGAGCGGUUGGGGGAUGUGUGGACUAUCGAACUCUCUUGA